CGAUCAACAUGGCCGACCUGUUACGCAUGCGCACUGUAGAUGACGUCAGAUUCGCAGAUCGCGGUCCGGACGUGGCGUUUGACCAAAUUAAAUUGUUCCCUGAAUGAGGAAUGCACAAUCUAAUGCCUCGACGCUAUGCGUCCUAUUUCUACGAACCGGUUUUGAAAUUAAGCCUUCGCGUCCGGAUAAACUUGUCUGUCUGCACAUCGAAGCUUGCCCAUCUAACUUAGCUUAGCUUGCUGGCCGCUAACAAAGAGACGCGUUUGGAAGCACGGCAUUGUUCAAACGACUAAGUGAGUGCAAAGUGUUCUGACUUUGGCUUGAAAAUGUGCGCAAGAAAGACAACGGAGUACGAGCGGGAACUUUGUGGCGCAAAAGAGGACAUCAAGCCACAACCUGACCGUUGCAAGUUGGAACCUGGAGUUUUCUUACACAGAACGGAUCAUCCAAGUUCCGAGGAGCAGCAGGAGCCGGAGUGCGUCCAAAUGAAGGAGGAAGAGCAGGAGGAGGAAAUCGGCAAGUUUCCAUUGACUGGAGUCAGCGUGAAGAGUGAACUCGUCGAUGCAGGAUCCCAGGCGGACGGCCUCCUCCCGCCACUUUCAGACGGGGACGCCACAGCAUCCCGCUCUUCUGACACUGGCAGUGACGACGAUGACGACGAACACGCUCAAGGUGAUUUAACACGUCACGCUGACAACAAACGAGUGGCGUGUUCCCAGUGCGACAAAACCUUUGUCAACAAGUCAUCCUUGAAAAGACACACGAGGACUCAUACUGGCGAAAAGCCUUUUGCCUGCUCGCUUUGUGGGAAAAGAUUCUCCAGGAGGGGAGAUGUGACGAGCCACACAAGAAAACACACCGGGGAAAAACCUUUUGCCUGCUCAAUUUGCGGCAAAAGGUAUUCUCUUAAGGAUAGCUUAAUAAGUCACACCCGAACCCACACUGGGGACAAACCUUUUGCCUGCUCGGAGUGUGAGAAAGUAUUUUCGAGAAAGGGAGAUUUGACAAUUCACACCAGAACACACACCGGAGAAAAACCUUUUGCCUGUUCACUUUGCGCUAAGACAUUUUCUGCCAAGGAAAGCUUAACAAGACACACAAGAACGCACACUGGCGAGAGACCGUUUGCCUGCCCGGUUUGUGGGAAAAAUUUCUCCCGAAAGGGCCACUUACGAGAUCACUCGAAAACGCACACUGGGGUGAAGCCUUUUGUCUGCUCAGAUUGUGGGAAGAAAUUCUCCUCGAGGACACAUUUAACAAGACACGCCAGACGACACACUGGAGAAAAACCUUUUGUCUGCUCGGAUUGCGGGAAAAGGUUUUCGACCAAGGGAGAAUUAACAGCUCACGAGAGGACACACACUGGGGAAAGACCCUUUGCCUGUUCACUUUGUGACAAGAGGUUUUCGACAAACGACCAUUUAAAAACGCACACCAGGACACACACCGGAGAAAAACCUUUUGCCUGCACGCUAUGCGGUAAAGGCUUUAAGAUCAAGAAAGAAUUGAACAUACACACGAGAACGCACACCGGGGAGAAACCAUUUGCGUGUUCACUUUGUGGCUCCAGAUUCAGACAAAAGGGACAUUUGAAAGCACACAGAAGAACGCACACUGGAGAAAAACCUUUUGGCUGCGUAGGAUGUGAAAAAAGAUUCACCCAGAGGAAACUUUUAAAAGCACACGCAAGCGGGCACACUGGAGAAAAUCCUUUUGCCUCCUCCGUUUUUGGUCCAACAUUUUCUCCAAAGGAAGAUUGAAGAAGGCACGCAAAGAAGAAACACUGGCCAAAAGCCUUUUUGCCCCCCACUUACGUUGUGGCCACCCCAAGCCGAGCUUACCAAAACACCUUAGCGUACACUGGAGACAAUAUGUUCAGUUGCGGAGCCUGUUCUAAGAGAUUCAGAUGAAGAGACACAAGCUUGUGAGUGCAAGUCACCGGCUCCUCCCCUCCUCCCUACGGAGGAACUCAUUUCUCUGCGGUUGAAAAAAGAAUGAAAAGAUGGUGUUGUUCAAGUGAUUUGUCUACUAGGGUGCAAUCUUUUCCGCCAUUUGUUCAUACAAUGCGUUUUGUAUAGAACACAUAACGAAAUUAUUGUUAUUAUUUUAUUUUUUUAUAAAAUGAAAUGAAAUCCAUUUAUCAAUGGCCAGAAAAAAAGUCCCAAUUGGACGAGGUGGCUAAAUAAUUUAUUUUCAAGGAAUUCUGUGAAGCGAAAAGAAUGACUUUAAACCAAACAAGCGCUUCAAGUAACAUUUAGGAAGAGCAGAGUGAAAGCAGCGCCACUUUUGCGUCAUGUUCGAAAGGCCCACCUUUGAUUCAACUGUAAUAACUCAGUCUGAACACUGGGGGGCACCGCAUAAAGAUGGACUUAACCAAGAAAAAGGAGCCACCACGGAAGAAAUCUGCCUUCACGUUGAGGAGAGACUGUAGCGUUGUCUGCUGAGCUGUAAAUCAAUUGAAUUAAAAAAGGAAU